AUGCGGCACAGACGGGAUCUGCCAGGGCACAGUGGGGACGGUCCGUUUUUCCUUCUAACUUGGCUUUCUGGGCUGGACAUCAAACCAACCUCUGGUGUUUGGUCUCUCUGCCAGGUUCUAGGCGCCCACGAGGUCCCCUCGAGGAGCAUCUCUUCACAACAGACAAUUCCUCCGUCGGCGAAGUAUGGCGGGCGGCACACAGUGACCAUGAUCCCAGGGGACGGCAUUGGGCCAGAGCUCAUGCUGCACGUCAAGUCCGUCUUCAGGCACGCAUGUGUACCAGUGGACUUUGAAGAGGUGCACGUGAGUUCCAACGCUGAUGAAGAGGACAUUCGCAAUGCCAUCAUGGCCAUCCGCCGGAACCGUGUGGCCCUGAAGGGCAACAUUGAAACCAACCAUAACCUGCCACCGUCGCACAAAUCUCGAAACAACAUCCUUCGCACCAGCCUGGACCUCUAUGCCAACGUCAUUCACUGUAAGAGCCUGCCAGGUGUGGUGACCCGGCACAAGGACGUAGACAUCCUCAUUGUCCGGGAGAACACAGAGGGCGAGUAUAGCAGCCUGGAGCAUGAGAGCGUGGCGGGAGUGGUGGAGAGCCUGAAGAUCAUCACCAAGGCUAAGUCCCUGCGCAUUGCCGAGUAUGCCUUCAAGCUGGCGCAGGAGAGCGGGCGCAAGAAAGUGACGGCCGUGCACAAGGCC